UCGGCGAAAUGUCACGUGAUGUUCAUUUUCAAUAGCAAGCAACUUGACUAACUUGUCCUAAACCACAAACAAACUGAGUCAAAGGACAACCAACACUGGUAACUAGAAUUUUUGAAAGGGACGCCAGACUCAGAGAUGUGUUCGGAACGUACGGAGCGCCCACUUCACCCUAGACCUUGACUCAUAGGCUUAUCCAUCAAUUAUAUCGAACAUCUGCACCGGUCAUACGGGCUUGGUCCAGUGGAUAGAUCCAUCCGAAAUUAGCUGCUCACAAAAUUAGCAGUAAUUGAUUAAGCACCUACGAGGUCAGCUGACGGCCCAGCAUAUAAUGAUCUCGUCAUUGUCUGAAUGCUCUGAGCUCCAAACUGCAUUGUCUGAUAUCCUCUCGACUGUACCAUGCGUGCUUAUUACUUUGACAACCUUGAGGGUGACCAACGUCUCCCGCAUGACUCUGGCAUGGAUGUCUCAGAUGAGAUCUUGAAGUCCAUUGGUGUCUUGCACUGGCACAUUCCCAUCGAUUCUGAAGGCAAGUAUGAGCAGGAGAUUGCUGCUAUCGCGAAGGAAAGGAAUUACAAGAACCACGAUGUUGUCGCUAUCAGCAAAGAGGGCCUUGGCGAUGAAUUUGAAACAAAGAUCAAGAACUUUUACCACGAGCAUAUGCACGAAGAUGAAGAGAUCCGAUAUCUUCUUGAAGGCACCGGCUUCUUUGACGUUCGUGAACACUCCAGUGAAUCCUGGAUUCGUUGCCACAUGAGUGCUGGUGACCUCUUAGUACUCCCUGCGGGUAUUUACCACCGCUUCAGUCUCGAUAUGAGCAAUCGCGUCAGGACCAUGAGACUGUUCAAGGAUGAGCCCAAGUGGAUUGCGCAUAACCGUGGCGAUCAAACGGAUGCUAACCCCUACCGCUUGGAGUACUUGAAGAGCAUUCAGGUCCAGUAAAUCAAUAUGUCUAUUGUGGAGCAUGUAAUGUAUACUAUGAAUGAAAUAUCCCAAUUAACAUUGCAAUUUAUAGUGUUCCGGCUUUCGCAGGCUGGAAACCGCUGCAUCCCCCCACCUCU